AUGAGUGAUCAUCUGAAUUACGUUUACACAUGCGACGUGAACACGCCUGUCCAAAUCAAGGUUAUAGCCUUGGAAGGCAGCUUCAAGAAGCCGCCCGUACGCGAAAUCAUCGACGAUCCUGAUCUUCAGUUUUGCGCUACCAUGCAGGAAAAGGUGUGCAACAAUGUUUACAUCCAGUGCCAGGUUUUCUGUGAAAACCGACCGGUCGGUGUCCCCGUGCUGACAUCAUACAAGUCAUUUCCUGUCAGGUACGAAUGGAAUGAAUGGCUCACUCUACCACUGAGACACAGCGACUUAUCGAGAGAUGCUCAAGUGGCGUUCACCAUUUACGAUAUCCACACUUCUGUUCAGCCUCAUGCCAUUGGAGGAACUUCCAUUUCGUUGUUCACUAAGCGCGGUAUUUUUCGACAGCGGAUCUGUGCGUUGAAAGUAUGGCCUUUUUGCGAAGGCGACGGAAUGAUUCCGAGUACAACACCGGGAAAAGUGAAAUACGAUGCUUUAUGCGGACGACACAUUGCCGAUGAACGAAUGCAGAUAUUAAAGCUAUCCAAAUUCCGGAAGAAGUAUUACAACGGGAUGAUCGAGAAGGUGGACUGGCUUGACCGUUUGACUUUUCGACAAAUCGAGGUAGUGGACGCGAGCGAAAAGCGGAUGAGCAAUGAGCUUUACUUGAUGAUUGAAUUUCCGUCAGCAGUGGCACAGGAAAACGACUAUUUCGUAAUACACUAUGAGCAGAACGAGGAAGAUACAUUUUGUCAUAAUCCAUACCCGACGCUGGUGAGGUUUCCUGACCCAGAGAUUGGCAUGGAGAAUCUGGUUGAAGCAAAGCACCACAUCUUGGCGCGCAGUGUUAGGAGCAUCGUCAAUUAUCCACCUAAUACACAGUUGAGCAGCGAAGAAAAGGAUCUGAUGUGGAAGUUUCGUUACUAUCUACUGACAAACAAGCGAGCGCUGACCAAGUUUUUGCAGUGCGUCCAUUGGAGUGUCACCAGUGAGGUGAACCAGGCAGAGGAGUUGCUGAACGAAUGGUCUGCCAUGGACGCUGAGGACGCUUUGGAAUUGCUGUCGCCAAACUUCUCACAUCCGUACGUACGAAAAUAUGCUGUCAGUAGGCUAAAAGAGGCUAGCGUCGACGAUCUUUUACUGUACCUGCUGCAGCUAGUUCAAGCGUUAAAGUUCGAGCGAUUUGGAGACAUAUGCUCAGGUGUCGAUUCAUCGUUCGUGCAGCAGUUGACGACGAUGUCAACCGAAGUAGAGGAAGAUGUCAUGUCAAAGUCGUACUUUACAAAGCCCGAUGUGUGCGAUGCCGAGAUCUCGUCUGAACAGAAUCAUGAUUUGCUUGUAGAAGGAACAAAGGCGAACUCUGUCGAUGACGUUACGAGAGCGGAUUCCCCGCCGCUUUGUCACCUGGUCGGCAGCGGUAGUGGUAGCGGUGGUGGUGGCAGUGGCGGCACCGACCUUGCCACGUUCUUGAUUGCAGGUGCGUGCAAGGACACGACGCUGGCCAACUAUUUAUAUUGGUAUUUGAAGGUGGAGUGUGACUGUUAUUUCAGAAGCGAGGAGCGGCACAAGGACCAUGGUCGUUCUGGUAACAACCUGUUUAUCCAGGAAAUGUAUAUGGUGAUGCUCGAAAGACUGUCCAGAGCAUUGGCUCGUGGUGACACCGAUGCCAGACGCAGAAGACAGCUGCUCAGACGUCAGCAGCUGUUUGUUGAUCGUCUGGUUAAAAUCAUGCAGGCGGUGUACAAGGAAAGCGGGAAUCGAAAGCGUAAGACAGAAGUGCUACAGACCCUGCUCGAAGAACAUGAAGAUUCUGUGAACUUUCUUGAACUCGCGGCGCUCCCUUUGCCUCUGGAUCCCACUGUGAGACUGCAGUCUGUAGUGGCCAAGAAAGCGUCUCUGUUCAACAGUGCCUUGAUGCCGUGCAAGCUUACGUUUAAGACCGUUGAAGGUCGCGAUUACACGACGAUUUUCAAGUACGGCGAUGACCUGAGACAAGAUCAAUUGGUUCUGCAGACGAUCACUCUCAUGGACAAGCUGCUGAGAAAGGAAAAUCUCGAUCUCAGACUGACACCGUACAAAGUACUGGCUACUAGUGUCAACCACGGCUUCGUCCAGUAUGUCGACUCAGAGACACUGCGCGACGUCCUCCGUGACUGGACCUCAAUUCAGGAAUACUUUCGCCAUUACAUGCCGUCGUCAAGCGGCCCUUUUGGCAUCGAAGCAGACGUCGUAGACAAUUACGUUAGAAGCUGUGCCGGCUACACGGUCAUCUCCUAUCUGUUAGGAAUUGGUGACCGUCAUUUGCACAACUUGUUGCUGUGCACCGAUGGCCGCAUAUUUCAUGUUGAUUUCGGAUAUAUUUUGGGUCGUGACCCCAAACCGUUGGCGCCUCCAAUAAAAUUAACCAAAGAAAUGAUCGAAGGACUUGGUGGCUUCAACAGCAACCAGUGGCAGGAAUUUCGAACCUUAACCUACACCGCAUUCCUUCAUCUACGGCGCAAUUCAAAUCUGAUUUUGAAUCUUUUUGCAUUGAUGAUAAAUUCUACAAUUCCCGAUAUCGUACUAGAACCUGAUAAGGCUGUCAAAAAGUUACAGGAACGUUUCCUACUGCAUCUGUCUGACGAGGAAGCGGUUCAGUAUAUCCAACAGUUGAUUGACGUUUCUAUUUCCGCGAAGAUGGCCGCCAUCGCAGACAUAAUGCAUGACGUUGCUCACUAUCUCAGGAAAUAA